ACAGUUUUAGGUAUGUUUUUCCUAAGGCUGAUUUUUCUGUUUGUUGUUGUCUUUAACUGUAUCAAAGCACAAGACCCUGUUGGACACUUAAAGCCAUUAGGAGAACAAACUCCACCUACAGUGCCUAUUGAUGAAUUUACAAUAGACAAUGCUCCUCGUCCAUACGACUUUUAUGAGAACUAUGUGAAGCCAAGUAAAGCCGCAAUAUUCCGAGGUGCCAUGUUGGAUACCUCAGGGUUUAAAUUAUGGACAGAUGAAUAUAUCAAGGAGAAUUAUGGAACUAUGGAAGUUCGGACUGAGGGAAAGAAGGAAAAGAACAGCAAAAUUCCUGUUGGUGUGAAAUACUUGGGAAGAGAUACAAUCUCACACUUUGUAGACAACUAUCACCUGCCUAAUACAAGCAUGUACAUGGUGUCUGAACUACCAGAAGUUAUGUUUAAAGAAGUGGGGGUGCUUCCUUCACUUGGUGCAUGUGGUGAGAUGGGAAGAAGAUUUGUGGAGAUUGAUAUUUGGUGGAAUGGUGGUGGUGGAAGAAGUGUUAUUCAUAAGGAUGCUUUUAACCAGUUAAAUUGCCUGUACCGCGGAACAAAGAGCUGGAAAUUGUAUGAAUAUAAAUAUGAGAAAUGGAUUCAUAAACACUGGGAACCAGAAAAUGAAGUGGGAGGAUUUUCAGAAGUUGAUGUUGAUGCGGUUGAUCUUUACAAACAUCCAAAUAUUGCCAAAAUUCCAUGGUCCAACAUCACCAUUAAUGCUGGAGACUGCUUGUUCCUUCCUAAAAGUUACUAUCAUCAGGUUCAUUCUAAUGGAGAACAAAAUCUUGCUGUGUCGAUAUUGUUCAGCAGAUUCGAUGGAAUUGAACAUAUUGAUGUUUCGGACUGCACAGACCAAACAGAUUACAAAAUACCUAGACCAUUAAGUGAGGCAGGUGUGAUGUGGAAAUGGUGUGGUACAGGAAUGAUGUCCAUGGGAAAUGGAGAUUUUGAAGGAGAAUACAGACCAAUGCUUAUGCGAACAAUUGCGGAUCUUAAUGAAGCGGGAAUGGAUUUCACGGUUGACAACAUUGCUGAGCUGUCUGGUGGUCAAGAUGAAGAUGAUGGAAAACUUCGUAUUGGGAAUUAUGACAAGGCACUUGCUGUACUCGAUGCCAAUGGAGAUGGAAAACUGACAAUGGAGGAAGUUCAAAAUGCAACAUGGGAUCAACUUAGAGCUUAUGCACUUGAAGUUGAACCACAUGAACCAUCCAACUCAUACAAGUUCGAAUAUUCCUACAUAUCUUAUGACGAAGUGAAAAUGAUUUUAGACAACAUCAUACCUCAGUAUGAAACCUUAACCAGGGAAAAAUGGAUAAAUGUUUACACCAAAAUGUUGCACGGUACAACCAACUUUGCAAACCAGAUUUUCACAGGUCUUGUAGACUCUGAGGAAAUAAAUGAGGUGAGCACAAGUAACCUGACUGAGGAUGUGAUAAACAGAGCAUUGAAGGAGUGGCUUGCAUACUGGGCACCGCAAUAUUCCCCUACUGAUAUAAGACCAGGCACUGAUAAGAAGAUAGGAUUAAAUUAUGAAGAUGAAGAUCCUGAAGAGGAACCCGAGGAGGAUUAUGAGGAUGAAGAGGAAGAAGCGGAAAAUAGGAAAGAAGAGUUGUAACUUUAGAUGCUCUUUUUUAUUUAGUUGCCAAUGAGAUUAUCGUUUUGGAUAUUUUUUAAUGAGAUUCUUUAAACUAAUUUUUGUUUACUGUAGAGUUUAAUUGCAAAAUACUUUUUUGUGUGUUGUUCGCUGUGCCAAGUAUAAGAAUACAGUUUCAGUAAAAUUGGUA